AUGGCUCACCGUCUAACCACCUUCUUCCGCCCUGCCGAAUGGGACCGGCAGUCGGGCGUCAUCAUGGCCUGGCCAGCCGCCGCCAACGACGCCUACCUCGACGACAAGCAGGGUCUCAAGGACGUGACCAAGGACAUUACAGCCAUUGCCUCGGCCGUUGCGCUCUUUGAGCCCGUCACGCUCGUCGUCACGCCGGAGCGCCUCGCCGAGGCCUCGUCACGCUUCAAGCACGCCAAAAACAUCACGCUCCUCCCCGUCGAUGGCUACCCCAAGCUCGACCUCUGGAUGCGCGACAUGGCGCCGACCUUUGUCGUCAACGACGACGACCGCGCCGCCCAGCUUCACGCCGUCGACUACAACUUCAACGGCUGGGGCAACAAGUAUCCGAUCGGCACGCCGCCCGCCUCGCUGGCGCGCCUCCUCGCCGCCCGCCGCGGCAUCCCCGCCGUGCCGUCACCGCUCGUCGCCGAGGGCGGCUCGCUCGAGGUCGACGGCGACGGCACGCUGCUCGUUACCGAGAGCUCGGUGCUCAUCGCGAACCGCAACCCGGGCUGGGCGAAGCCGCAGGCCGAGGCGGAGCUGCGCCGCACGCUCGGCGUCGACUGCAUCGUGUGGGUGCCAGGACGCCGCGGCCUCGACGUCACCGACGGGCACGUCGACGGGCUGGUGCGCUUCGUCGCGCCGGGCCGCGUGCUGCUGAGCCGCCCGUGCAGCACCGCCGACCACGCCGACCCGUUUGUGCAAAUGUACCAGGAGGCGUACGACAUUCUCGCGCGCGCGACCGACGCCCGCGGCCGCCGGUUCCACAUCACCGAGGUCGCCGAGGCGGACCUCGACAAGAUGUACGUCGGCCGGCAGAUGCGCAAGGACAUUGAGAGCGGCCAGGAGGACUACCCGUCGCUGACGUACGUCAACUACCUGCUGGUGAAUGAUGGGGUGAUUUUUCCGCAGUUUGGCGACCGAAAGGUAGACAAGGCCGCGCUCAAGAUUAUUCAGGACGUUUAUCCGGAGCGGGAGAUUGAGCCCGUCGCUAUUUACGAGCUGCCCUUUUACGGCGGCGGCAUCCACUGCUCAACGCAGGAAAUCCCUGUUCCGAGAGAUUGA